CCUCGGGACGGGCUCGCUCCCCGCCGGACCAUGCAGAACUACAAGUACGACAAGGCGAUCGCCCCGGAGAGCAAGAACGGGGGCAGCCCGGCCCUGAACAACAACCCGGCCAAGCGCGGCAGCAAGAAAGGGCUGCUCAUCUGCCUGGAUCUCUUCUGCCUCUUCAUGGCCGGCCUGCCCUUUCUGAUCAUUGAAACCAGCACAAUCCAGCCAUACCAACGAGGGUUUUACUGCCAUGACGAGAGUAUCAAGUACCCUUUGAAAAAGGCCGAGACGAUUAAUGAUGCCGUGCUGUGUGCUGCAGGGAUUCUCAUUGCCAUCCUUGCUAUCAUAAUAGGAGAAUUUUACCGGAUUCACUACUUAAAGGAGAAGUCUCGGUCCUUCAUCCAGAACCCAUACGUGGCAGCUCUCUACAAACAAGUAGGCUGUUUUGCCUUUGGCUGUGCCAUCAGCCAGUCCUUCACAGACAUUGCCAAAGUGUCCGUCGGGCGCUUGAGACCUCAUUUCCUGAACGUUUGUGAUCCAGACUUUUCAGUACUCAACUGCUCUAAAGGCUACAUUCAAAACUACACCUGUAGGGGAAAUGACAGUAAAGUUCAGGAAGCCAGGAAAUCCUUCUUCUCUGGUCACGCCUCCUUCUCGCUCUACACCAUGCUUUAUUUGGUGUUAUAUCUGCAGGCCAGAUUCACGUGGAGAGGAGCACGUCUGCUACGUCCCCUUCUGCAGUUUACUCUGAUCAUGAUGGCGUUUUACACAGGAUUGUCCCGUGUGUCUGACCACAAGCAUCACCCCACAGAUGUGCUGGCAGGAUUUGCACAAGGAGCCCUGGUGGCUUAUUGCAUAGUGUUCUACGUCUCAGACCUCUUCAAACCCAAGAUGAAGACCUCCCUGCCUCCUCCUCCAAUCCGGAAAGAUAUCCUUUCACCUGUGGACAUCAUUGAACGGAACAAUCACCACAAUAUGGUGUAGACCUUUGCAACCUUCCAUAACCCUCUUUUUUUUUUUUUUGGUUGCAAAAAUGACUGCUGA